CCUCCUUGACGUGUGGAGGCCAGUUUAAAAAGAGACUUAGCAGACCUCGGAACCAGACAACAGCGACAGCUCCAGAAACACACUGACUGCUCCCUAUCAUCCGCUUGCUGCCGUAGAGAAGAUGGUGUCUUGCCGUGCCUUGUGGGUCUUGGCUCUCCUGGGUCUUGCCAUAGCUGUCUGCAGCGUCAGUGCAGCUCCACAUCCAAACCUUCGGCUCAGGCAGCGAAAUGGGGCUACGGAGACGGGUGCACAGGAAUCACCCAAGUACUCCCUGGAUGACCUGCUCCUGCAGCUAGCUCAGCCUGAGAGAGAUGUCCUGGAGUAUGAUGAGCAGGGCGAGGCCCGGCUUGAGAGAUCCCAGGAGUUCGAGAACGACCCCAGCAAGGGCCUGCCCCCCCGGGAACGCAAAGCCGGCUGCAGAAACUUCUACUGGAAAACAUUUACAUCAUGUUAAACAUUUAAGAAAAAAAAAUAAUGUCUCUUAUUCCAUGUCUUAUAUCUAAAUUCUCCUGAUUUGACGUCCACAAUGUAACAAACUAGUGAAUAAAAACAAAGGCUUUGUAUUUGAUUAA